UAUUGUCCUCGCGCUUGCUCCCUGUAAUGGGCAGAGUUGCUCUUGCCGGUGGGGGAGCUGUGGAAAGAUACUUUCGUCAGUUGCAGGGCAAGAGUGGAUGGCUUGCUUGUUCUUUGCCUGCCCGCCAGCUGCUUUCUUUAUACCCUCGUAUCUGUGAUACGUCUCAUUCUACCUUUGAUCUGAUUUUCAUCUCACCUCCCUCCUCCCUCUCACACAGCCAUGCCCGAAUCGCCAUACCGUCCUCCGCCCGGCUCGACCAUUGUCCCGACUUCGCAUAACAAAUGUGGUCCGGUGCCGUUCCCACUAACAGCUCAACAGCUCAAUGCUUCUAUUCAUCAUGCGGUCCCGUCCAUCACACAACGUGCCGUCCGCGACUUUGGAGCCAAGAUGGUGGCCGACUCCAUUGUCGACAUCAUGAACCACUUUACUACCGCGGAUAUCGACAAGGUCGCCGACAUGAUUAUCGACAAGGCCAGCGACAACUUCCUCGACAAAUGUCUGGAAAAGCGACUUUUGACCAUCGAGGCCGCUCCACUGACCAAUGCUCUCGCAAAAGCUGAACGGCUGGGGUAUGAGCUGGGCGAUGUGAUCCCAGAACAACAACAGGGCCAAGCCCAUCCGGCUGCCGCUGCUCCUAAUGGCCACCAAGCUCACCCUACCCCACCGGCGGCUGGCUAUCCUCCUGCUCCAUCUGCUCCCCCGUCGUCGCAACAUCCAAUGCUUCAGUGUGCUAGGUGCUUCCGUACUUUUGCUCAGACUUCGGCUUUUGAAUAUCACACUGCAUACAGCAUUUGCACUAUAUUACCACCCACCUCGGCUGGAUUCAAGCACUCAUGCCCAUACUGCGGUCAGGGCUUCACAGAACUAGUAGAUCUGAAUGGCCACCUCAACGGUAGAGUUUGCGGUCAUUUUGAUACGGUCAAACUUCCUCGUGGGCCUGGUCGACCCCCAAGAGUUGCUCCCGUUCAGCAUGCUAGCCCCGUACCGAUUGCCUCAUCGGCGCCAAACGGGACCCCUAACGCUUCCUUGUCAACUCCAGCGCGAUCCCAGCUCGUGAAUCGCGCAUUGGCAGGAACGCCGACAGCCUCACCCAUCCCGGGCGACCCAUAUGCUCACCUCACACCUGAACAAUUCCAAGCGAUGAACGAGGAGCUUCACGAGGCUGAGAUCAAAUACCGACCAAGAUUUGCCGAGGCGGAAGCCAUCCCUGAUGAAAAUGAAAGACGCCAGAGAGUCGAGGGUCUCAGGAACAGCUUCGGCACCAAGCAAUCGAUGAUCCGGAAAAAGUACGGAGUCAGGCUGCGUGAACGACGCACCAAGGCGGAGAUUCAGGCUGAGAGGGAGCGUCUGGGCAUCAAGCAGGCUGAAAAGGACCAAGCGAGGGCGUCCAUGGGGCCUGCUGGCAAGACAGAGGAUAGGCCAGUGGUCAUUAGCGAUGUCCCUGUGCCUGUUGUUCCGCCUAUGCCUGUUGGGCCACCGGCAGCUGGGUGGGUGGCUGCCAAUACGCCAAGGCCAAAUCCUGGUGCUGCCGAUGAGGAGGAGCACGAUGCGAAGAGGAGGAGGACGGACACGAAUGGGGGGUAUCAGACGCCCUAUAAGACUGGGGUGGAGGAUACACCCACCCGCAAGGUCUCGGCCAGCUUUGAUGGGGCAGGUGGUUCAGGUGUUCAGAACACCGGCAAUCCUUAUCCCGCGCUUGGAAAACCCCCCAAUCACGCCGACCUCGCAGCGCAAGCCGUUGCUGCGACGGCUGCGCUGAAUGGCCAGAAUGGGAACAGCUCCAAGCAACCCAUCGCUAUCGACGAUGGUGAUGACGACUCGGACUCGUCGGGUGAUGACGAGGAUAUCCCUUCUACGUUGCCCGCCAACGUGAGGAACAGCCUGGGGGCGUCGGCGGCUGGCAAGACGGGGAGUAGAGCUGGCUCCACAGCGUCGAUGACUCCUGGAUAACCUGACCAUGGCAAACAAAGAAAACUAUCUGUACCAAACUAUUGUUUUACAUAUAUUCCCUUUUUCUUGUUUCUUUUGCACAUAUAUAUACCUACUCAACCACGACCUUGCAAGCCUUUGAUAUAACACCCAUCAUCAUCAACAUCAUCAUCAUCAUCAGCUUUUCUUUUUUGCUACUCAUUCUAUAUCUGGUCUGGCUUUUAAGUAGAAAGUUUGGGAAGGAAGGA